AUGCCUUCGUACGCUGUAAUUGGAGGCUCGCGCGGCAUAGGCCUCGAGUUCGUGCGUCAGCUGUCCUCCAACCCUGAGAACACUGUAUUCGUGACUGUGCGCAACCGAAACAGUUCCACAUACCUUGCGGAGCUAGUCGCGCAAUCCGGACACCAAAACAUACAUGUGCUGGAAGCCGAUGUUGUCGACCAUCGCGCCCUGAAGGCUGCUGCAGAGGAGGUAGUGAAGGCCACUGGAGGGUCGCUCGACGUACUCAUCAACAAUGCAGCUCGGACGGAGGCUCACAAUGCAUUCAAAGGGCUCUUGGAUUACGAGGACGAAGACGCAUCAGACGCAGAGUUUCUGGAGUCGUUCAAGAUCAACGUGCUCGGCUUUGUCCACUCGGUCAACACCUUCCUGCCCCUUCUGCGCAAGGGAUCCGCGAAGAAAAUCGUGCUCAUAGGCUCUCAGGGUGGCGAGCGCGAUUUUGUGUGGGAGGCGCGCAUGCCCAACAUGACUGCGUACAGCACGACUAAGGCGGCGGCGCAUAUGGUGAUGGCUAAGUAUGCCGUGCUACUGGAGAAGGAGGGGUUCGUUGUCACGUCGCUCUGCCCUGGAAUCGUAGACGUCACCACGACCGCCUCAAGUGAAUGUGGGUCGUUUACUCUCGCACACAUCAGGGGCCGCAUCGAGCUGAUCGCUAAUGCUGUUCUUCUAGAUAAGCAGAUUUGGAAGAAAGAAGUCGAGGCGCAGCAAGCGGAUUUCCGCAAGGCAGUACCAGAUUUCAAGUUCGAGCCGCAAUCUCCGGAAGGCUCUGUGACUACCUUGCUUCGUACUAUCGCAGCUCUCGACUCGUCGGAAUGUGGGAAAUUCUUAUCGCACGGGGAGCAGGUUGCUGCGCAGAAUCAGGGAAAAAGUUAG